AUGGACGCCCAUCAGCCCCCAAUGCAUCGCGCAUUCAUCGCCUUUGGGAGCAACGUAGGAGAUCGCAUCGAGAUGAUUGAGGCCGCCUGUCGUGAGAUGGAGCGAGCCAGUAUUCGGGUCAAGAGAACCAGCUCGCUCUUCGAGACAGCUCCCAUGUACGUUCUCGACCAGGACCCAUUCAUCAAUGGAGUGUGCGAGGUAGAAACCAGCCUAAGCCCCAUGGAUCUCCUCGACACCCUGCAGUCCAUUGAAAUCGGCCUGGGCAGGAAGAAGCUCAUCGACAAAGGGCCCCGAUCUAUUGAUCUGGACAUCCUCCUGUACGACCAGCAGAUCUUCUCCCACGAACGGCUCAGCAUCCCACACCAACUGAUGCUGGAGCGCGACUUCGUCCUUCGCCCACUGAACACCCAAACCCAAGCUCAAACAGAAAAGCUAAUCACCGCCAGACUCAUCCCCCACGAACGCCCGCCCUUCCCCGGCUACAGCACCACCUACCUCGCACACCUGAAAUCCCUCGCCCCGCCCACGCCCUUCCCCGUGGCCACCACCCCGAUCUCCUCCACCUUCCCAGCCAUCCACUCCACAGCCCCGAAACGCCGCACGCACAUCAUGGCCAUCCUCAACCUGACGCCGGACUCCUUCUCCGACGGCGGACGCCACUCGCCGCAGGACCUGGACGCGCUCACGGCGACAGUGCGCGGCAUGAUCCGCGCGGGGGCGACGAUCAUCGACAUCGGCGGCGAGAGCACGCGGCCGGGGUCGCAGCCCGUCGGGGAGGCUGAAGAGCUGCGGCGGGUGGUGCCGGCGAUCCGGCACAUCCGGACGGCGAUCCCAGAGGCGGCGGGCGUGGCCAUCAGCAUCGACACGUACCGGGCGCGGGUGGCCGAGGCGGCCGUCGCGGUGGGCGCCGACAUCAUCAACGACGUCUCGGCCGGCCUGCUGGACCCGGAGAUGCUGCCCACCGCCGCGCGCACCGGCGCCACCGUUAUCCUGAUGCACAUGCGCGGCACCCCGGCCACCAUGACCCAGCUGACCGACUACCCCAACGGCGUCGUCCAGGACGUCGGCCGCGAGCUGCGCGACCGCAUCGCCGCCGCCGAGGCCGCCGGGAUCCGCCGCUGGCGCAUCAUCCUCGACCCCGGCCUUGGGUUCGCCAAGAACGAGCCCCACGAUCUCGCCCUCCUGCGCGACCUGCCCCAGCUGCGGACUGGCGCCGCCGUCGAAGGCCUCGAGUACUUCCCCUGGUUGUUGGGGCCGAGCCGCAAGCGUUUCGUCGGUCGCUUGACCGGCGUGACUAAGGCCAGUGAGCGCACCUGGGGCACGGCCGCCACGGUCACGGCCAGUAUCGCUGGAGGCGCCGAUAUCGUGCGCGUGCACGAUGUGAAGGAGAUGUGGCAGGUCGGGAGGGUGGCGGAUGCCAUUUAUAGGGGAGUCGUAUAA